GCAACUCGGUUUGUUGCUUAGCGACAGGUAUUUGUGUUUGAAAACAAAUAAAUCAAAUUUGAAAUAUAUUGUAAGUCACCUAAAACAGGUAACUUUCGAAUUAUCUGUAUGGUAAAAGGGGUUUUACGUUACAAAUAAAAACUAUGACAUUAUAUUCAGAGAAUCCUGUGGAAUUUCCAGAAGCAGGUUCAAUUUCGGUAAAUGGAAUAUGGCAUUCCAUCAAUCCUCUGCUAGCAGUAGCUAGUUUUUCUCAAGAAAGAGGUGGUUUUGUCAUAAUUUUUGAUGAUUUGGGAGAAUCUCUGAAAGACAUAAACUAUCCCGUUCAUAGAAGUUAUCAAGUGACUGCACUUGCGUGGCAUCCAGAAAGGACUAUAUUGAUGACAGGAUGGGAAAAUGGAGAACUCAAAGUAUGGAGUAGUCCAGAGAAAGAUUUCGUCAACGUUGUUGGAUCCCAUAAGGCACCAAUAAUUUUACUGGAAUUCAGUGAGAAAGGAGGACGUUUGGUUUCAUGUGACUCG